CCUUCACUGGGUCCCUUUGCAGUAGUGUGGACUGGAGAGUUGUACACAGAGCCGAGGAGAAGCGUGAACGCACACAAGUAGUGCCAUAAAGUGAACAUUUUACACUACCGCAAAAGCAUUUCAAGACUUGUCACUUUUACCGCGUGGAUCCGUCAUCAGAGAAGAGCUUAUAACGCGCGCGCGUCAGCUGGCAUGAGCUAACCCAUCAGACAUGGAAACCAAACCUUUCUUGUCAUUGGACAGUCUCGGCGACUCCAGCUAUCGGAGUCUCACCUGGACUUCAAAUGUACCCAGAGGGUUCCUGAAGCCCCAGUGCUCGAUUCCUCCGCAUCCUCAUAGAGGACGACCGGAAGCAUGUACGUGUUUCAGUGGCAUGUGUCCUCUCCAUCAGCGCAGGCUAUCUACAGACUCCUCUGGACAUUUGACGUCUUCACCUCUCAGCUCACCCACGUCCCACCGGGGGAUGCAUCCGUCCCUGCUGAGCCCGACUUCGUUGGGCCCCUCGGGGUCCCUUCAUUCACCCAUCAGCACUCUGAGCUCACCCAUGAAUGGCCUGGGCUCUCCUUUCUCUGUUAUCAGCUCGCCCAUGGGGCCACAUUCCAUGGCCUCACCGGGGAUGGGCUACGGUCCCAGUGUCAGCCCACAGUUUUUGCAGUUGAACUCGCCCAUGAACUCUGUCAGUAGCUCUGAAGAUAUCAAGCCACCCCUUGGUUUAAACGGCGUGAUGAAGGUGCCAGCUCAGCCCUCGGGAACCCCGAUGUCCCUCACCAAACACAUCUGUGCCAUCUGCGGCGACCGCUCCUCAGGUAAACACUACGGUGUGUACAGCUGCGAGGGAUGCAAAGGCUUCUUUAAAAGGACCGUCCGCAAAGACCUGACCUACACCUGUCGAGACAGCAAGGACUGUAUCAUUGACAAACGCCAGCGCAACCGCUGCCAGUACUGCCGCUAUCAGAAGUGUCUGGCUAUGGGAAUGAAGAGAGAAGUAUUGUUACAUACAGCCGUCCAGGAGGAGCGCCAGCGAGCCAAGGACCGCAAUGAGAACGAGGUGGAGUCCACCAGCAGUGUAAACGAAGACAUGCCCGUAGAGAAGAUCCUGGAGGCGGAGCUCGCCGUGGAGCCCAAAACCGAGACUUACAUCGAAACCAACCUGGCCAUGCCCUCAAAUUCACCCAACGAUCCCGUCACAAACAUCUGUCAGGCCGCAGAUAAGCAGCUCUUUACUCUGGUGGAAUGGGCCAAACGGAUCCCACAUUUCUCCGAGCUCCCUCUGGAUGACCAGGUUAUUCUCCUACGAGCAGGAUGGAACGAGCUCCUCAUUGCGUCAUUUUCACAUCGUUCCAUAACAGUGAAGGACGGGAUACUGCUGGCAACUGGAUUACACGUUCACAGAAACAGCGCCCACAGUGCGGGUGUAGGAGCCAUAUUUGACAGGGUCCUGACCGAGCUAGUGUCAAAGAUGAGAGACAUGCAGAUGGAUAAAACAGAACUGGGGUGUCUUCGAGCCAUCGUCCUCUUCAACCCAGACUCCAAAGGCCUGUCAAACCCUGGGGAGGUGGAAGCGCUACGAGAGAAGGUUUAUGCCUCUCUGGAAGCCUACUGCAAACAGAAGUACCCUGACCAACCUGGAAGGUUCGCCAAGCUUUUGCUGCGGCUCCCGGCCCUGCGCUCAAUCGGACUGAAGUGUCUAGAGCACUUGUUCUUCUUUAAACUUAUAGGGGAUACGCCCAUUGACACCUUCCUCAUGGAGAUGCUAGAGGCGCCCCACCAAAUGACAUAAUGAAAUAACGCCCUCUUGUUGCAGGGGGUAAUGAGGGUCCGAUCAUCCCCACCAUCCCCCAAUAAACUGAUCACUUGACACCAUUUGCCAGCGAGCUGCGGGAUUGACUUUUUCCAAUCUCCUCUUGACUCAGCGUUUCAAAUACGGUCAUGGCAUCAAUGGGUCUGUUUUAUACCUUGUAUAAAGAUAUAAAUAUAUAAAUAUAUAUAUAUAUAUAUAAAACAUACAAAAAAGAUGACGGCGGACUUCAAGCCCACAGACAACUGUGGACACGGGUGUAUUCAAAUCUUAAGUGGGUAAAUGAAUUGAAAAGAGAAAAACUGAAUAGAUUAGGUUAAGUUGCAGCGCUUCAUUGGACAGUAAUUGUCUGGAGGAUUGUGCAUGGGUCUUAUUCUGCCUCGGUCUUUUAUUCAGCAUUUAGCGCUGGUUAGGGCCAGCUUCUACAGAGACGGUUUGCAUCUGGAUGGAUUUUGUCAGACUUUAAUGGAUAAAGAUUCGGGUUUUAACACAAGCAUUGUGUUUCUGACACAUGGUGGGAGCUACACAAAUUCUCAGACGCUAUUGAGAUCCCGCUGCAUUUGCCGUUAUCCCUCAAGCGAGUCCCUGAAUUUGUAAUUACAGUGAUGCUCUGGAUGAAAAGUAUCGGGACGUUUGCAAGCAGCAAAGUUACAGACCGGAUGCUUUCAACUCGGCAAUCUGCAGGAUACAGAAUAACCACUCAGGUUUUAGCAUCCGAUGAGUCCGACCUGAGCUGCCCACACGUCUGGAGUUAUGGAGUUGGACCGUCAUCAUUUACACAUUGUGCACUCUGAACAUUUAAAAAUCAAAUCUGCCUGUUGCAGGGAUACCCGGAGCAAAGGGAUGCUGAAUGACAUCCAACCACCUAUAAGUCACCUACACAUGUGUGUUGUCUGUAUACCAGUUCACCUCAAGUUUUGUAAACUAGCUCAGUAUUCUGUAUUUUUCAAUUUGUUUUUCCAAAACGUGCAGUUACCUCUCUUGCUUACUUUUACUAUGGUAUAUUGAAUCCGUCGUGUCGCUCAUCCACCUCCAUGCAGUCAAGCUUUUUAGGAUAUUUUUUUGUUUCGAAGCACUUAAUCCUCACGUCUCAAACCGCAUUGCGGUUGUGUUUUUGAGGGAGUUUUACUCUGGGCUGGCGAAAUGGGUCCGCACGCUUUCUUUUGGCAAGGAGACCGGUUAGGAAACCAGCAGUGAGAGUUUUUUUUAUUAUUAUAAAUGUAGUUUUUGUAAAAUGUGUCUGUAAUUUGCCAUCCUUAGCGUUUUCUUUCUUUCUGUAAGCUGCUGCUGCUGCUUAUCUAUGCAUCUAGCAUUUUUUCCCAAAGACUGUCCAAAGGUCGAUGUUUUUACAAACUGGACAGCCAGAUUUGGUUUUGGUGUGUAUACAAGCAAGCAGCGUCCCGGACCCCGGUAAAAAAGGUGUCCAGAUCAGGACCUGAUCUGGGUGUCCAGACAGCGGUUGGUAGAGAUAAUAGACGUACAGAUAGAGAGAGGAGUGUAAAGUAUGGGAGAGCUGAUACUUCCCCCUAGUGGUGGAGAUGCAGCACUGCAACAUUACUUGAAUUUUAUACAAGUAUUUAAUGAGAGAAAUGGCACUUUUACGUGAUGUUAUCCGUGUUCGUUUAUGUUUGAGUGCAGUCUCACAAACGCUCUUCAGCAAUAGCACGAUUUAAAUGCUUAAAACAAUGGGUGUGUUCAAUUCUUAAAUCAUCUCGUACCUCACCGCCCUCGUUUCUUUCGCAUGGCAAAAUAAUUGAAUUGGCUUUGUCAGGCUUUUAAUAGGCGAGUGUCUCGGAUCACAGGUAUUUUGAAGCCAUAUGCAGGUUUGUAAAGUUAAUAAUGAAGAAACUUUCUCUUAUGCCGAACAAAUUGACGAGAGAUUUCUGACUUACUGCAGAAAUGAUCAUCUAACUUAGAUAGAAUGAAUGCAUACACAAAUGCUUUAUAACAUAAAGCUCUAUUUUGUCUAUAUGUAAAUGUGUGUAUAUUUCCUAAUAUGAAAGUAUAUGAAUUCGUUCUUUUAAAUGUUUUUCAGACGAUAAGAGGGAGCCAAGUGUGUUGCUUAAAUUGACUAAACCCAGACCUGAUUGCACUGUUAUAUUCACGGAUGUUUUUCGUUUGCUGAAACUUUUGUAUUCAGUCUUAAAUUGCAAAAACAAACUGAAAAUGUUGAACUAUACCAGCGGUUUCAAGCCCUUAGAAAAGAUCGUUCACCAGCUCCUUAAUAAUAGAAUAAUCAUUUCUCUUUGCAAGAUCCUGAUUGGUGGAAAAGCUGAGGAAGCCUGUAGCUAAACCAAGUAGUGAACUUUAACCCUGACACAAUCACAGCUUUAUUCGUCACACAAACAGAAAACGUUGAGAAAAUUAUAGGAAAAAUCUAUUUUUGUACAAAUGUAAUUUUAUCCCUUGCUUUUAUUCCCCUUUUCUUCUCUUCUUUCUGUGGGCUGUUGUAUACAUUGUGUAUAUGUUGAUUUGAAAUGGGGAAAAAUACAAAUCAGAGCAUUUUAAAGUGAAGUGUGUAGCUUCACUUUCACCUGUACUUGCCUUAUUUCUUUCUUUUGCCAUCUCAAAGAGAUGCAAUUGUCUUCUCAACAUAUUUUAUCUAUUUUUAAAAAGUCAUCUGUUCUUUGUGGGUUGUUCUUUGAUGUUUUGUCUUUCAUGCAAAUUAAAAAAAUAAUAAAGUCAAAAAUGGAAAUUCA